AUACGACAAGGAGCACCAAUCCGCACCAAGAUUUGUAGGACACACCCACCCACCCCCAACCCCUGCCCCAUUCCCCCUACCGGGGAAAGCCCCACCUUCCUAUAUAUAACCAGCCCGGCCCUGAGUAGCUGCCUCAGCGCUCCGCGGCCUGGGACCGGCAGCUUUCUCAGCUCGCUGGCGCUGCUGCCCCAGAGACCCCCUCCAUCAUCUCCCCCCCGGGCCCCUCUCCUCUCCCCCAUAUAGUUCCCGCGUUGUCCGGGACUUUUGGACUAAUUUUUCAGGGUGAGGAGAGGACAGGCCCCGGGGGGGAGGCUUGCUGCCGAGGAAGAGUCGCCACAAGGAACUCAAGAUGAUAGAGGCACUGGUAACAACUGAAGCUCAGAAACUGCUGCACCAGCUGAAUGUUCUGUUGGAACAGGAGUCCAGAUGUCAGCCAAAGGUCUGUGGCUUGAGACUAAUUGAAUCUGCCCAUGAUAAUGGCCUUCGGAUGACUGCAAGACUGAGGGACUUUGAAGUAAAAGACCUUCUUAGCCUAACUCAGUUCUUUGGUUUUGACACGGAGACCUUUUCUCUAGCUGUGAAUUUACUGGACAGAUUUCUGUCCAAAAUGAAGGUACAGCCCAAACAUCUUGGAUGUGUGGGAUUAAGUUGCUUCUAUCUGGCUGUGAAGUCGACAGAGGAAGAGAGAAAUGUCCCAUUAGCCACUGAUCUGAUCCGAAUAAGCCAAUAUAAAUUCACAGUUUCUGAUCUGAUGAGAAUGGAAAAGAUUGUAUUGGAGAAGGUGUGUUGGAAAGUCAAAGCUACUACUGCCUUUCAGUUUCUGCAACUCUAUUAUUCACUCAUUCAUGAAAACUUACCAUUUGAAAGAAAGAACCUGAGUUUUGAGAGACUGGAAGCUCAGCUUAAGGCAUGCCACUGUAGGAUUAUGUUUUCUAAAGCAAAGCCUUCUGUAUUGGCAUUGUCUAUAAUUGCACUAGAAGUUCAAGCACAGAAGUUUAUUGAAUUGACGGAAGGAAUAGAAUGUCUUCAGAAACAUUCCAAGAUAAAUUGCAGAGAUCUGACCUUCUGGCAGGAACUUGUAGCAAAGUGCCUAACUGAAUACUCAUCAAACAAAUGUUCUAAACCAAAUGUUCAGAAGUUGAAGUGGAUUGUGUCUGGGCGUACUGCACGUCAGUUGAAGCAUAGUUAUUACAAAAUCACUCAUCUUCCAACAAUCCCUGAAACUGGGUCUUAAUUGGAUUCUUCUGAAGAAAUUCAGCUGUUUUGAAGGUUUAUUUCCCAUGAGAACUGUGGACUCCAAUAGUAGAAUGGAUUUAAGCUGUGAAGCCUGAAACAUAGCAGCUAGGUUAGCAUUGAUGUUUUCAGACUUGAGGGGAAAACAGGCUAUUGCUGGAAAUUGAUUAUGUAUGCUGCAGUUGAAAAUGUGUUCAGGACUAAAUUAUGAUCCCCUUUGAAGUGUGUUUGUAAAAACUAAAACUCAAAUGUGAAACCCUAAUGUAGAAUAAGGAUGGGAGAUUAUACUGUGAAUUGAUAGUUAAUACUGAUCCAAUCUGGAUCAGUAUGCAGAUUACAGGUAGUAUAGAUGGCAAAGUAUGAUUGACUUUAAUUGAUGUGUUAUUUGAAAUGUGAUACAAGUUCACAUCAAAACAGAUCAACUUUAUAAAAAUGGUAUGAUGCACUUUAGUAUAGUCAGGGUUACUAGUCUUUGAGGCAGCAUAAACAACUUUGUUAAGGCCUUACAUAACUAGAUAAUCCAUAAUUCUUAAGAUUUAUUUUUGGCAUAUUUUUCAUUUAAAUUUGAUUAUAAAAGUAUUAAAGUUGUAAAGAGACCUGUUAAAUUUUAAGUGAUUGUCAGUGUUAUCCUAAGGAUACAAAAUUUUAUACAGAACAAUUUUUAUCUCUAUCUAGCUAGCCCCUUAGGAAAAAAAAAAAUUAUUUCACUUGUAUAAGCAAUUCUCAUAGUCUGACAAUCUGAAACCUCAGCUGUGCCCUUAUAAAGCAAUAUAUGCCAAUACUAUCACUAAAAAUUUUAAAUAAAAAUUACUAUUGGUAUGAAACUAGACUGUUAGUAUAGAGCUUUAUACUUAAAAGCAAAACAUAUAGGGGAUGCUAUUGUCAUAAUGCUCCCAUAACAAUUUAACUUAGACUAACGUGAGUUGUCUAUACAGAUUUUUAAGCAGCAAUUUGACUAAUUAUGUGAUAGUUGGAGCACUUAAGGCUAGUUGUAGAUUAAUGAAUCUAAAUUGACAUUAUAGUGUUGGGAGAGCAUAUAAUCAGUGCAAUAUAUAGCUUAACUUCAACAAUAGCUAUAACUAGUUAAAAUUUUCCCUUUGACAUUAUGUUGUGGAAAAAACUUCCCUUUAAAGACAAACCAAAGAACCACAGUAUGUCUCCUAUGUCUUAUGCUUCAUUUUGUAGAGAAUUUUGCAGACGCACUCUUCAGUUACUCCUAAAUACCCAAUUCAUUGAAGAAUUUCCUUUCUAAUUCAUCAAUGCAAACUUAAGUUGGCUGAAGUAACGUAACAAAGUACCAUUAUGCUCUGGUACUAAGAAAGUGACCUUUCAAUAAAACUAUUGAAAUGCA